AUGACACCCAAGCCAUCUUUUGAAGUGCCAAAGGGGGCUGCGGCAAAGGUUCAUAUCAUCGACUCAGGUUUCAGGCUUUCAGGCAUGCCGACAAACUUCUUGCUUUCCCCAGAAAUGGACAAAUUUGAUGAGGUUCCUCCUGUAGGGUCUUGGUUUUUUUUAGUAGAAAGUUCCACUGGGCGCAAGGUAUUGUUCGACCUUGGUGGCCUUUCUAACGUCGGCUCCUUUCCACCCUCUGUGGUUGCUGUCAUCGAAGACGGUGUCGAGCUCACCCAUGUCGAAAGUGUUAUCUGGAGUCAUGGACACUGGGAUCACGUCGGAGAUAUAGAGGCCGUUCCACCCGCAACAGGCCUAGUUGUUGGUCCAGGGUUCAAAGAUGAAUUUCUUCCCGGAUAUCCGACCAAGCAGCAUGUGGAGCUGCCAGAAAGAUACUUCAAAAGUCGAAAUGUGCAAGAAAUAGAGUUCGUGCCUGGUCAAUCAUGUCUUAGAAUAUGUGAUUUUGCUGCUUUGGACUUUUUUGGGGAUGGUUCUUUCUUUCUUCUCAACACACCUGGCCAUGCAGUUGGUUACCUUUCGGGUCUCGCACGAACGACGACAAACCCUGAAACUUUUGUCUUCAUGGGAUGUAACAUAUGUCAUCAUGGGGCUAAAAUUAGACCUUCAAACAAUCUUUCAAUUCCAGCCGAGAUACACUUGACCCCGUCCGGAAAAGAAAUGUCCUACCCCGACGGUGCUUUAUUUCGAGCCUUGAACAUCAGGUGGGACCGUAAACCUAAUGAGCCUUUUUUUGAUCCCGUCCUAGCCAUAGACUUGCCUAGGACUAUCAAAACCAUCAAAGAUGCGCAGAAGGUAGACGGACAGGAUAAUGUGCUCUUCGUGUUCGCUCACGAUAUGGGUGUCUGUGGGGUUGUUGAUUUCUUCCCGAAGUCAGUAAACAACUGGAAGAAAGAGUGCUGGAAAGAAAAGACACACUGGAACUUUUAG